AUGAUGUUGGUAAAUUACAAGGGAGAUAAAGGAAUCUACAAGCUCUACGAUCCUGGAGCAAAAUGUGUCAUUGAGGCGAGAAAUAUGGUCUUCAAUGAAGGAAAUGUCAUCUUUUUUAAGAAAAAUGGAGCAGAUAAACAGCAGAAUAAUAAUAAUUUUGAAGCUAUAUUAGACGAGUCUGAUGAAGAUCACGCAUUGUCGGACGACAGUGAUUAUAUAAGUAAUCAAAGUGAGGACCUUACGGAAAUAGUCGACAGAGUAGUGUCUCAUUCGGAAAUCAUUGCGCUAAAUGGACGUACAAAGUGUUGCACCAUCUACUUUUGUUAUUCCACAGGUGGUGCUUUAGCUUUAUGCACUUCAUGCAUGAUUUCUGUAUCAGACACUGAUUUUGGAUACAUGUAUACUAUUCGAAGGCAUGUGACUGAGUUACAUGAUGCAGUGGAUGGUCGAUUCUGCUCCAAUUGCAGAAAUCCAUUAUAUCAGAUCUUUCCAUGCAAUAUGUGCCCGAUUUGCACACUAUGUUUACACUAUUUUGAAUCCAACAACAAGUUGCAGUCGCACAUGAUAGACUGCCAACAAAUGAACGAGUGCGCCAUCCGGUUACCGAGCGAGAAGGAUAAAUGGCUCGAGUUCAACAAUUACAACAGGAAAGAGCUGCUGCCUUUUGUCGUAUACGCCGACUUGGAGUGCAUGCUGAAGAAGACUAACAAUGAUCCGAUAAUGUCUACAUACACAUUUCAACAUCACGAGGUAUUUAGCGUAGCUUAUUAUAUACAUUGCGCGUACGAUGAAACAUUAUCCGCGUAUUAUUCUCGCCGUAAUGUCGAUUGUAUCACGUGGUUUGUCGAAGAACUUAAAAAUUUAGCGCACCGUGUAAAAAAUAUAAUAUCCGCGAAUGUUCCUAUGGUAACUCUCUCACACGAACAGUGUGAGACAUUUCGCAGCGCGACGCAUUGCCACAUUUGCGAGAAACCAUUCGCGCCGGACGAUACACGAGUACGCGAUCAUUGUCAUUUGACUGGCGAUACCGAGGUCCCGCGCAUUCAAAUUGGUAUCUUUCCGUACGAAUAUAUUGACUGCGUCGACAGGUUGGAAGAUACGUGUUUACCACCGCGCGAUUCAUUUCACAAUUCUUUAACCGGUGACACUGUAUCCGAGAGCGAUUACGCGCACGCCGAGACUGUCUGGAAGCGGUUCUCCAUUCGAACGCUAGGCGAAUACAGCGAUCUUUAUUUAAAAACAGAUGUCUUGUUAUUAGCAGAUAUUUUUGAAAAUUUCGACGAAAGUUGCAUUAAAAGUUAUGGCCUCGACCCCGCGUAUUAUUACACUUUGCCAGGUUUCACAUGGGAUGCCAUGUUGAAACAUACAAAUAUUAAGUUCGAAUUACUUACUGAUAUCGACAUGGCUAUGUUUAUUGAACGUGGUAUUCGCGGUGGUCUAAGUCAGUGCUCCGGCAGAUACGCGCAUGCUAAUAACAAGUAUAUGCGGUCGUACGAUCCAUCGAAAUCUUCAUCGUAUUUGAUGUACUUUGAUGUAAACAACUUAUACGGAUGGGCAAUGUGUCAACCAUUGCCUUAUGCCGAUUUUCGAUGGGUCGAUGACAUCUCUGAUUUUAACAUUAGCGCGAUCGCUUCCGAUUCACCGAUAGGUUAUAUUCUCGAGGUCGAUCUAGAGUAUCCGCAACAUCUUCACAAUGCGCACGCUGACCUACCGUUUUGCCCGAUACGCGAUAAACCUCCCGGUAAGCGGGAGGACAAGCUCCUCGCAACAUUAUAUGAUAAGAAGCGUUAUGUCAUACACUAUCGCAACCUGCAACAGUGCACGCGUCAUGGUCUUCGCGUCACAAAAAUACAUCGCGUAUUGCAAUUCGCUCAAUCCGCAUGGCUCCGCGAUUACAUCGAACUCAAUACAAAAUUUCGAACACUCGCGAGAAAUGAUUUCGAAAAAAAUUUGUUCAAAUUAAUGAAUAACGCGGUAUUCGGUAAAACUAUGGAAAACGUGCGCAAUCAUGUUGAGGUAAAAUUAUUAACAAAGUGGGACGGACGAUACGGCGCGGAGGCAAUGAUCGCGAAACCAAAUUUUCACAGCAGGAGUAUCUUUUCAGAAAAUUUAGUCGCCGUUGAACUGCGCAAACUUGAGGUAAAAUUUAAUAAACCGAUCUACGUCGGUAUGUGCAUACUGGAUAUAUCGAAAGUGUGUUUGUAUGAAUUUCAUCACGAAUACAUGUUACCGUUAUAUCACGAAAAUUGUAAAGUCAUGUACACCGAUACAGAUAGUUUAAUUUAUUAUAUUAAAUGCGACGAUAUAUAUGAGAAUAUGAAACGCGAUAUCGAUAGAUUCGAUACGAGCGAUUAUCCGGCUAACAACGCGUACGAUAUACCGCUUGUAAAUAAAAAAGUGCCGGGCUUGAUGAAAGAUGAAAAUAAUGGUGCGAUCAUGACCGAAUUCGUUGGACUUAGAGCAAAAAUGUACGCGUUACGAGUAGAUGGUAAAAAAGAUACUAAAAAGAUUAAAGGCGUCAAGAGUAACGUCGUUGCGCGUACUAUAACUUUUGAUGAUUACACACGGUGCCUUCACGAAGAGAUUGAAAUGACUCGACAGCAAUCAUGUAUAAGGUCAAAAUUGCAUGAAGUAUAUACCAUUCGUGAGACAAAAAUUGCUCUAAGUCCAUACGAUGACAAGCGAUAUAUCGUACCUGACUCGACCAAUUCGUUACCAUGGGGACAUUACCGAAUACCAUUAUAAUGUAGCAUAAUGUAAUAUAGUGCAUGCGUGUGUGUAUGUAUGUAACACAAUGUAUUAUACUAUUGACUAUCGAAG